CACACACAUAUUUAUACCCCCAUGUAUGUUAUGUACACCAGCGGUGGUGCCGUGUCAAGGAGCAAAGGCAUCACCUACUCGACAGCCCCUCUUAUUCCUCAAUUUACUAAUUCUGUUCUUCUUCGAUCAAAGUGCAUUGUUUCCUGAUUAUAUACAAUUUUUUAAUCACCCAAAACACACGUCUCUGUCUGUGAUACACUUGCGCACGCAUCCACGCUGUUGUUGCUGUUCUCGUUUUGAAAAGACGGUGGAGAGGCAUAAAAAAAAAAAAAAAAGAAGAGGAAAACGAUCGAAACAACACGAUCCCAGGAGAGUCGAGUGAGACAUGGAGAGGGACGAGGAGUUAAAGAAGCAGCGCGAGAAGGUCGUCGCUGCUGCCGCUCAUCAUCACCAUCAACAGCAGGAGAAGCAAGUGAAUUUGCAUUGUGCUCCGAAAAGUAAUCGUCGCAGCCAACAGCAGCAGCGGUUAGCUGCCAGCCACGAAGACAACAACAGCGAGGAGGAGGACGAGGAGGAGCACGAGGAGGAAGAGGAUAAUGAGGAAGAAGAGGAAGAAGACGAGGAACAAGAACCCACAGACACGGAGAAAGAGCCAAAGCCUAUUGUUGACGGCAAAUUAAAGGGCUGCAGUGAUAACAAACCAAAUGAUAAUAAGCCUGACAUACACAAUAUCGGGGUAAGAGACUACAGAUCGCUCAGGAGGCAUCACAUCGGCUUGGAUUUGCAAAACAGCAAUUUGGAGAAUGCUCAGGACUUGGAAAUGACGGAACACAAAUUGAAAAAGGAAGUAACUGGUGUUGAACACUACACAGCGGCUGCCGCCGUGGCAGCUGCGGGUAUGAUACAUCAUCACCUUCAGGCUGGCAUUGACCACAUGAGAGGGAAUGCUGGUGCUGAUAUGGAGAUGAAAAUUUCCAGGGACGGACGAAAUUCUUGCUUAGGCUUAGGCUUGUCGCUCGAACUUUGCGUUGUCUGUGGAGAUAGAGCUAGUGGCCGACACUACGGAGCAAUCAGUUGUGAAGGUUGUAAAGGUUUCUUCAAAAGGAGUAUUCGCAAGCAACUUGGUUACCAAUGUCGAGGGAGUAAAAGCUGCGAAGUCACGAAACACCACAGGAACAGAUGUCAGUACUGCAGGCUGCAAAAGUGCCUUGCAAUGGGAAUGAGAAGUGACUCUGUUCAGCAUGAAAGGAAGCCCGUUUUAGGGACUAAUGAAUCCGGAACUAGUGGGAAAAAUAGUGGUAAUCGCGGCGCGCGUGUCAAGCCCGAAGUCCCACAGCCCAUCAUUAUUGAAACCACACCAACAUUACCUACACCUGCCUGGGAGCAGCAGCAACAGCAGCAUCAGCAGCCAGAAAGCCCCAGUAUGGAAGACCACCACAGCAGUGAUAGUGAUCUCAGUGAUGCCUUGACGUUGGCACGCGAACGGCUUCUCAUUUCUCAUGCUUUAGAUAACAUGGCAAAAUUAAUAGCUGGAGAUAGCAUCAACGGUACUGGUGAUAACGAAGCGGACGAAGAAUUGAAUUGUGGUCAGCUUCUAUUUGACAAGCACAUGCAUUUCGAAUUAAGAGCGCCUAGUCCAGCUCCUGCAUACUUAUCGAUACACUACAUCUGCGAAAGUGCAGCGAGAUUGCUGUUCUUAUCAGUGCACUGGGCAAGAGGAAUACCGGUCUUUCAGUCACUUCCUUCAGAAGUACAAACGACGUUGGUGCGUAGUUCGUGGGGACAAUUAUUUACCCUUGGCUUGGCACAGUGUGCUUACACUCUAUCUCUUCCCAGUAUUCUCACUUGGAUCAUAAAUCAUCUUCAAACAAACAUAGCACAAGAGAAAAUGUCGGCAAACAAAAUAAAGUCCGUGACAGAACAUAUUUUUCGCUUACAAGACUGUGUCAGUUCGCUUCAUAGACUGCAAGUAGAUUCUAUCGAAUAUGCGUACCUUAAGGCCUUAACGCUUUUCAGUGCAGACAAUGUUCUCGACGGACAGUGGCACAGACGCGUUCAAGCACUACAAGAGGUUGCCUGGACGGAGUUGCAACAAAGAGUAGGUGCCGAACGGUUACCAAGACUGUUAUUGCGAUUAGCGCCGCUGCGCUCUAUAAAUCCACGAAUACUGGAAGAUCUCUUCUUCGCGGGACUGAUUGGUCGCGUGAGCGUAGCCAGUGUAGUGCCUUACAUACUUACCAUGCAAGACUGCUGCAAGAUGGAGCCUGAGAGUCAGAUGAGAGGAUGACAAUAGCAAUGGGACCUGUAUUUUAUCAAAGCUUAAAAUCUUAUUACGAGAUAACAUAAUUGUGACAAUAAGUACACGCGCGUUUGGUACUUUUUGUUCCAAUGAGGCGUCCAAAUACGUGAUUAUUAAUUACUUUUAACCGUAAGCGUAUUGCAUGUAAUAUGAAAGAUAAGAGUUGUAUUAUUAACUUUAUAUGAAUUAAUUUCAGUAUUUCAUAGGACUUUUGCAAUUUACGGUGUUUGCGCUCGCAAAUGUUGGUGCAAAUACUUUUCACAGUUUUCAAAAAAGAAGUGAAAGAAAGAGAAUUAAUUAUACAACGUUGAUAUUUACGAGAGAGGAAUAAUUGUUUGCGUU